AUGACGAGCGCUGGUGAUUGCGUUCUCGUGUUCCUUAUACUGAUCCAGGCGGCAUUCUCACAAGACUACGAUGUCACGGACAUUCAAUGCACUUUUGCGAGUAGUGGCACCGGUCUUCGAGAUUCAGUUACCGCUUUGCUGAGGAAGCCGGAGGGAUUUCGCGGUGCACCUCUAUUUGCAGACGACCGUGCAACGGACCCUGUUGCUGAUCCUGUUUGCCAAAUAAGACCUGAACCAGAAGAUAGUACAGGAUUAUUGUACAGAUUGCGAAUCACGGACUUUACAAGAUGCGGCGUACUCAAACGAAAUGGUUUUGUUCACGUCCGAGUCUGGUUCCCGCAAUUUCCAGGAGUGGUUAUGCAAUCAGAUCAAGAACUUAUAAUAAUGUGCAAGCCGCCGGAACCAACAAUUAUCGAGAAUAAGGCGGCUGGAUUUGCUGGCAGUUUUCCCCACGGCGCAAGAGUAUCAGGUGUCGUAGAAGAAACUCCAGGGCGCCUCGAGUACGAAGUGGCUCUGUAUAAAGAAGCACCCCCUGUCUCCAGGCACACUAAUCAUUCAGUAGAUUUGCCGGUCGAUCAGGUAACUACUGCGGUGCCAAUCGGCACAAAGCUUCAACUGCGUGCGCGCAUCAACCCAGACUCGGCGUGGCGGCAUAUUAAGUUGUUGGAGGUGGCGGUCUCGCCUGACCCUGAUAGGCCACACGCACCCGGUGCUGUGCUUCUUGUUAAAGACGGGUGCCGAAAUCGUGACUUUGCUUCAAUCAUUCCUCACCAACCAGCACGCUACCGAGAGCGGCACAACGAAGUGUUUUUGGAUUUCGAGGCAUUCCUCCUUGCUUCAAUGAAAGAACGUUCAACGCUUUGGAUACACUCGCAAAUAAAGGCUUGUAUGGAUGCCGGUGAUUGCCAACCUGACUACUGUUUAGACUUGUUUGAACCCUCAGGACAUGGCCGUCGACGACGAUCGUUGCCUGAGGUUUCCCACAGUCACAACGUCACGAGUUCCGCAUUAGUGUCUGAUGCUGACAACUCUACAGUACCGUUCACAAGGUUUAAAGAGAACCUGGAAUAUUCUGUUGUAAUGCCUGGUGAACUGUUUCAUAGGACACCAAUUGAAAGUACGUGCGCUACGUCCAUGAUGGUAGCAGUAGCUUUGGGAGCGCUUCUGUUUAUGUCUGCUUUACUAAUGUGCUACUUAGCUACGAAACUGAACGCCACAAUGCUGAAAAACAGCAAUUUACAAACUCCAUCUGGAAAGGGCUUCGAACAAAUACUGAGAGAGCUGGCGCACCACUCUCUCCCAGAUUCAGGGUACACCGGACGUCCUACUGUACAGUGA